CGCUGGUUACGUACAGUAGGCGUCGGCCAUGCCCAGCGUCUUUGAACCUCAUUCUCUGAACAUCGAUAUCUCCAUCACAUGGGCGCCUGCUGCUCCAACGACACGGUCCAGCUGCCGCCGUCGACGAUCGCUCUGCGGUCCGUGCCCGUGCCGGCGCCGCCCAAGGCCGCCAAGAAGAUCCACUCGAGCGAGUACAAGGUGGACAUGUCGUCGUCGGGCGAGCACCAGCCCGCGCCCGAGCCCGCCACCAAUGACGAAGACAGCGACGAUGUGGUCGCGUCGCCGACGCGCGCCAAGAAGGGCCGCGUCGCUUCGGUCACGUCGCGUCAGCUGCGGUCGUCGACCGUCCGGCGCAUGUACGGCAACCUCAAAAAGUACGCCCAGUCGGUCGACGAGGUGUUCCACCGCGAUACGUCGCCCGACCGCUUCAUCACGUUCAACUCGUACGAGUACGACGAGCUCGCACCGCUCCAGCACGAGUGGUGGAUCGACCCGACGGCCAUCACCGACACGCGCGCGAUUCCUUCCGUGACCAUGGUCUGCGAGUAUGCGUUUCUUGACGGCCAAGAGGUCUUUAUCAAGCGCCUUGACCGCAACGCGUCGUCGCACAAGCUGUCGCGGUCCCGCCGACUGCUCAUGGCCGAAGUUCACAUCGGUGCCAAGGUCGAGCACCCGUUCAUUGCGACCUUCCUUGGCUUUUGCAUCACGCCGUACUCGGGUCUGAGCUGCGUCUCGGAGUUUGUGCACGGCUCGUCGCUCCUCGAGAUGCUUUCGUCCGGACCACUGAGCUGGCACGAACACAAGCUGCCGUGGGCGCGCCAGAUCGCCGCCGCACUCGUGUACCUCCACAGCAUGCAGAUCACGCACCGCAACCUCAAGCCCGACACGAUCCUCAUCACUGCCAAGACGGGCGCCGUCAAGCUCCUCGGCAUGGGCCACGGGGCGACGAGCUCGUUUGUGAACCACCAUCCGCCGACGACGAGCGAGUGGAGCGCGCCCGAGCUCCUCCAGGGCCGCGACGUGAGCGAAAAGACGGACGUGUACUCGUUCGGGCUCGUGCUUCUGUCGCUCGAGCUCCAAGCCUCGCCGUUCGCCGCCGCCAGCGCCCACUACCACGAGCUCAUGAUGAAGAUUUUGACCGGGACGCUGAAACCGGUGGUGCCAGCGACGAGCCCCGUCGCCGACAUCCUCCACGACUGUCUGCAGUACCCACCCGCGCGACGACCGACGAUGGCGGUCGUGGCCUCUCGCCUCGACGGCCUCUCACUGUAGACUGCACUGCUACCUUGUUCGUUCUCGUCGUUGUCCUAACCUAAUCCUAUCUUAUUGCAACACAUAAACCACUCGCGCCAUGGAAACGCC